AUGACACCAACAAUUCCAACCGAUUAUACAAGCAAUACCUCUUUACAAGAUCCAAUGAAUACUGCUUUAAAUUUAAUUGAAGUACUCGAAAAUAUAAUUUCUCAUAUUGAUAAAUAUGACGUUAAAACUCAACAUUCUGCUUUAUUGGUGAACCGUAAAUGGUGUAAAAUCGCGAUUCAAUAUCUUUGGAGUGAACCUUUUUCUUACAGAAUUAAGGAACGUCAACUUUACAAAAUUAUUCCUAUAUAUAUGUCUUUUUUUCCUAAUGAUAUAAUUGAAAAUUUGGAAAAAUUACAUAAAUUACCUGCUCCAAAUAUUAAAGGAACUUUUAAUUAUCCAAGUUAUCUUAGAUCUUUUAACCUGGAAUUUUUGGGUGACGCUUUGGUUGAAUGGGUAAAAACAACUGGAAUCGGUGAUCAAGAAGAUGAUAGUGAAUCUUCUGAAAGUAGUGAAGACGAAAAGACUUCCGAGAGUGAUUCAUCCGAUGAUAAUGAUCAAACUUCUGUUCAUGAAAGUUCUGAUAAUGAAAGUUCGGAUGGAUCAAUGUUUAAUUAUGAAAUCGAAGAAGAUAGUAUGGAAUUGGCUGAUGUAGAAGAAUAUUUGUUAGAACAAUUAUGUAGACUUUUUAUAGGUCAUUCUAAAAAAAUUAAAGAACUUAGUAUUGGUGAUCUAGGCGUUGAUGGUUUUUUUGUGGACGAUAUGCCAAAAUACUCCGGUGCUUCAUGUCUAUCCCAUCUUGCUGUUUUAGAAUUGGAUGGUACUGCAUGUAGUGGCUCCUUUAUAUCUGGAUUAUCCGAACUUUGUCGUAACCUUUCCUCAAUAAUUAUUGAGGACAUGGAUGAUGAAUCGCCGCUCAUUGAUGAGUUGGAGUUACUUAUUAAAAAUCAACAAAAACUCAAACAAUUCCAAUUAGUUGACAUAACAUUAGAUAUGUCGAAGGUUAUAUCGUGUCUUAAAUCACAAGUUGGUUCAUUAGUGGAAGUUUCACUUAGAGAUGUAUAUAUUCGUGAUCAAGAAUCAAUGAAGUCUUUGACUCACUGUAGUAAACUUGAAACUUUAGAUUUAUCGUUCCAAGAAAAAAAAUAUUACAAAUCAUUCGUCCCUUUAUGGUACACUAAUUUUCCUAAACUCAGAAACUUUGAAAUUUCAAUGUUUUAUACUUGGCAAGAUCCGGCUUUUAUCGAAAAUACCAGGGCAUUCUUGGAAAUUAACGGCAAGCAUCUUCAUAGCUUAAAAUUCGGCCUCACUACGAAUAUAUAUACAGAAAUUCUUCAAGAUAUUAGUAGAUAUUGCCCAAAACUCUCAAAUCUGGAAAUUAAUAGGAUCUACGAUGGUGUUAAUUACCUUAUAGAAUUGUUGAAAUCGCCCUUACCUUUAGAAAAAUUAAUAAUUGAGUAUAAUAAAACGAAACUUCAUCGUGCAGAUGGAAUUUUACCACCAUUACGAGAAUUAUUUGCUCUCAAGAAAUUAUCGCAUUUCGAAAUUGGUUGGAUCUUUUCAGCGGAAAGCUUAUCAGCUCUUUUAGAAAAUUGGGACGCUCCGAUUAUCCAAUUUUCUUAUUGUUGUGAGGAGGAUAUCGAAUUACACAACGAAGUUUUAUACCGUUAUGCAGAAUCACAAAAGGAUAAAAGAAAUAUUAAAGACUUUGAUGUGAUAACUUCUUCAUACCAACGUAAUGAUAUUAAGGCUCGUAGG